GCUGAUGUUAAAGCAAGGGGGGGGAAACAGAACAAACCUCCCCUCUUAUUCUCUCUUUUCUUCUUUCUUCACUACUCCGUCCAAAAACCAGCAAAGAAAGGACUCCAUACCUCACUGAUAAUGGAAGACUCUGAGAAAUUGACGGCCCUGAAGAAGGCCUACGCCGAUAUAAUCCUUAAUACGGCGAAAGAGGCGGCGGCGCGUAUUAUGGUUUCAGAAAGGAACGCUAUUCGGUUUCAGCAGGAGCUGUCCACUACUAAAGAUGAGGCGUUUCGGAUACUGCUUAGACUUAAGCAAAUGCUGGAUUCUAAGGCCAGUGAGGCAGAAAUGGUGUCUUUAAACCAAAAGAAAAAGAUCGAAGAGCUUGAAGCCCAGCUUGAGGAAGCUGAGGACAUAGUGAGGGAACUUAGAGCUCAGUUGCAGGACGUUCAAGAUGAAUUGGAACAUGUGAGGAACAAAAACGUAGAGCCCCUAGAUGAGCAAAAUUUGGCCGGUAACGUUGCAACUCGAGGGGACUUGCCAAACUCACAUGAGAGGAUUGCACCUUGUAACAUAAGUUCAACUUUAAAUGGGACAUGCCAUGACGACAGUUGGCCUGAAAGUAAGAAUGACUUGCAGAUGGAUAAUGGCCAAGUUCAUGGGGAUUUUACCUCCAUGGUGAUGAGAAGCAAAGAACCUGAGCUUUACAGAAAUGGCUGCACUCAGAGAGUACGUGCAUUUGAAAGAAAAUUGUUCGAUGGAAAAGUCUGUUCGACUGGACAAGCUGAAGAUGUCAAGAAUAGGGUAUGCAAUAUGGGUGAAGAAGAGGGUAAACUGAUGUGUAAAACAAACAUUACCAAGGCUGAUAAUGUCUGUGGAGAAAGGAAGAAUUCUAAUGAGAUCAAGACAUUGCCUAAUCUAUUAAGUAGGGAUACUCAAGUUCCAAUCAUUAAAUCCCUCCGUCGAAAAAGAAAACGAGCUACUAGAUACAACAAAAAGAAAACUUUACCCAUUUUUGAUGACAUUGCUAAACAAUGCAACUCGCCUGAUCUUCACUGCUCAGAAAGUCCUUCAGUGUAUAACGAUGGUACCGGGAAAUGUCUGUCACAAAAUGAAAUUGAUAGUCAGGAUGGUUUAAUUUUGCUCUCUACCCCUGUACUGUCUGAAAUUAAUGAAAUGUCAACACCUUCGAGUUGUCCCGACGACAGUGAGGGAGGUGAUGCAGUAAUAAAUGAUUGUCCUAUUAGGAACGUGACAGACUACGAUACAGCAGCUGUAGGUAAAUCGGACUUCACUAGCCAGGAAAGUUUAUGUGGGGAGAAUUUGGAGGCUUCUGCUUAUAAAGUAGAGGUUGAUCCAGUUAAGGAGUCAUCAGUUAAGUCGGACGUGAAAGACUCCGACGUAGUUGAUGAGAUUCCUAGUCAACAUUCAAAUAAUAAAGUUCUCAUGUAUACAUUCCGAAGAAAGCGAAAGAAGGAAUCUUUGAGCAGCCCUGAUGGUAAAUCACCCAUUGAUGAAAGCAUAUCAAAGAAAAGGAUGAAGGAUAAACAAAGUGCAUCGUCGGAAUCAGACAAGUUUAGCUUAAUGACAGAAUCAUCUCGGGAUAACCGACGGUUAGCACAGGUUGCUCGACAGCUCAUAUCUUUGUCUGAGAAGAAGUGGCGGUAAUAGAACUCUGGCUGCCCUGCAAUUCAUAAUUGUUGCUUGAGAAAUAAAAUCAGCUGCAACAAAAAAGAGAACGCUGAAUGGGCAAGUGAAGUGGUUUUCCAAGCAAGUACCACAGGCCAUGAGCAAGUACCAUUUGGGUGCUGGUGCUGUAUGUGCACUAACUUAUGAAUGUUGUUUAUGUAAUCUUUAUAUCCUUCCCUUCAUUACUAUAUAUUAAAAGCUUGAAUCUUGGCAUUUUUCUUUCCCUUGGGAAAGCUUACUUAAUUAUAUUCCAAUGUUCACAUGGUAUUUAUUUCUCU